ACAGCUCAUAGUCAACAACAAACCUGUGAGACACGCGCGCGUGCACACAGACUCGCUGACGGGUACCGGAGUAAUAUCAACGCCUACCUUCCCUUGGCGUGUGCCCGCGGAAGAGCAGUUACCUGGUUACAGGGGAGUGAUGGAGUACUGAGCAAUGUAAUGUUCAGGACUCCACAGAUAUGAGUUUCUCUCGCGCUCGCCGAGUCAAGCAACCACGCGCUCAUCCUGCAGCAUCUCCGGUGCGCGCGACCGCAGCUCGUCCAGGAAAAACGCUGUAACGUCUUAAUUAAGUUGCAAAUACCUCUACACGGAAUCUCCAGCUUGUCAUAUUCCCAACUGUAAGGACCAAGUUUGCUGGAAAUUACUGGUUUAAGGACAAUGGCCCCUAGCUGAAGGCAGUGACGGCAUAAGAGUGAGAUGGAGCUGACCUCAGUAGACGCCUCCGCAGCACUGGACAUAUGGAGCAAUGGCUCCAUUCCUGGUUUUCUUCUCAACGAGAGCAUUCUCAAUGACACCUGCUUCCUCAAUGUUUCGAACUGCACCAAUGGGACAGAUGCGGGCAACCGAACAGAAACAAGCAUGGCAGGAAUCCUCAUCCCUCUCAUUUAUAUCAUCGUCUGCAUCGUUGGCCUGGGAGGAAACUCUUUAGUCAUUCACAUUGUCCUGCACUACUCUAAGACUGAGUCGGUGACCAAUAUCUACAUUCUGAAUCUAGCUAUAGCUGAUGAGCUCUUCAUGCUGGGCCUUCCGUUCCUCGCCGUACAGAAUGCCAUGCAUUCCUGGCCCUUCGGCUCAUUUACGUGCCGGCUCGUCAUGACUGUUGAUGGCAUUAAUCAGUUCACCAGCAUUUUCUGCCUCACCGUGAUGAGCAUCGAUCGAUACCUGGCUGUGGUUCACCCUAUUCGUUCCUCUAAAUGGAGGCGACCUCAAGUAGCCAAGGCUGUGAAUGGAACGAUCUGGGCAGUAUCUUUUCUAGUGGUCUUACCUGUGGUGAUUUUCGCAAGUGUUCAACGGGAAGGUGGAAUCUGCAACAUAAUAUGGCCGAAGCCAGCCAAUGUUUGGGCAGCAGCAUUCAUCAUCUACACCUCCACAGUUGGCUUUUUCUUUCCCUUGCUGGUCAUCUGCAUGUGCUAUCUGCUCAUUGUAAUUAAGAUCCGCAGCUCGGGAAAGAAGGUUCACGCAACAUCCACCAAACGCCGUAAGUCGGAGCGGAAGGUCACUCGAAUGGUAGUGAUUGUCGUGGCUGUGUUCGUGUUCUGCUGGAUGCCGUUUUACGCCCUCAAUAUAAUAAACCUUGUGGAGUCGCUGCGUGAUGAACCACAAGGCCUGCAUCUUUUCGUUGUGGUGUUGUCUUAUGCUAACAGCUGCGCUAACCCUAUCGUUUACGGCUUCCUUUCGGACAACUUCAAGAGAGGUUUCCGGAAGGCCUUGUGUCGCUCUUCUCGAAGGGUCGAAAACCACGAGCCCACCGAGCAGCAGCAGCAUCAAGAAGAGCGAAGACGAGUGCUGAUGCCAAGGGAAAGCCUUAGAAGAGCAGUUAGAGAUGAAGAAGACGAGGAGGAAGAAGAAUACAGGGAAGAAGUGACAGAAAUGACGGAAAUCUGCAGGAUUACUCAGAAUGGAAAUGGAAGCGGACAGCCUGAAAGUACCCGAGCGCUUUUCUUAGAGAGACCCUCGGGCACAGGGGUUUCAGAGGUCUGUUCCCCUGACAGGAGAGGUGCGUGCGGGGAUGUGGUUGGUAAAGGACCAGGCUUUGGACCUGCUGCAACCCUGUUGAAUGGGGCUAAAAAUGGCAAUGUGAAAACUCUGCCAGAGGAACCGGUGGAAAAGAACAGCUCCCUGGAGAUCAGCUACUUGUAAACCUUGUGAGUUGUGACAGCUGGAUAAACAGUGUUAUUGUACAUGCCUUUAUAGUUAUUUUCUUUUCUGGGGUCUAUUUGGUUGCAUUUACACUGCAGAUCUUGAUGAUCAAUUCUGAUUUUUUUUUCUGAGUGUGCCCAAUUGUUUUUUGAUGGACUGCUUACAUCUUCUUUUAAAAUAGCUUGUUGCUGAUUUCCACAUUCACACUAUUAACAACAAAGAUGCAUUGACUCUAAAAUAAAAACAACCCAGGGUCAUUCUGAAACUUUUCUGAUAUACAUUUCUGGAGAGUGCCAAAUACAUCCCAGGAGCUAUGGUUUUUUUUUUGCAGUUUUUGUUUUCACGAAUCCACCAGAGGCUGCUAAGUACGCUUUUUGAGAUCUCAAAUUUCUCUUAUGAGUGCCUUUCGUGCUCUUUUUGCUCUUCUCAUGUAAAUCCAUCAGAGGCCGCUGUUGACUGAAUAACUGACCAACCGACUGAUACUCCCACUCACCCCCUUUGCUUAACCCAACCGAUAGUGUUUUAAAAAGCACCAAUUGAACCACCCAACCACGUUUAGAAAAGCAAUCGAGAAAAAAAAAGCCCCAUGAUUUUUACCACAAUUUCAGAUUUUACCAUAUUUUUACCCUGUUAUUUACUUUUUUAUCUAAUUUUUUGGCUUUUGUUUUUGUCACUCCUGCUUUUUGGAAUCGUUCUUGGCCAGACUCAAACUGCAUUGUUGCAGUCAACUCCUCUUUGCGUCUAAGGUCCGCCCACAUGCACUGCGAGCGAUGGGACUCGAAAAGCUGUCCACAUGCAGGUCAGGAACGGUGUCAUACAGCCCCAUAGAGCUCGUUUUACAGACUAAAUGCAGCUGUAGGUACCUCUGGCUACAUAGUUUGCGAUCUCCUGAAAUGUAUAUAGGGCUACGUUUUUAGAAUGUGUCUAUGUUGCAUAAAAAAGCGCAGGUGCAGAUUCUAUGCUUCUCUUUUUUUUUAAUCCGUUUGCAGAGUUUACUAAGAGCUUUUUCACUCACACAGCACCUUUGAGCACUGUAUUUCUCUCUUUGUAUACUUUUUAGGAAAAGUUAAUUUGUUAUAUAUUAAAUAAAAGUUCACUAUAGCCAUCUAUUUAAAUUUUCGACUAGUAAGCAUUUGAAUGUCAAGUCCAUGUGGUAUAAUUUAUGCACAAUUUGACCAAAAUAGUUGUUACAUCAUGUAUGCAAUACUUUUAUAUCGUUUACAUGACAAAUGCUUCUUUCUCACUUUUGCGCUGCUUAAAUGUAUUUAUGUGUGCUACAUAAUAAAAUUGUCUUUAUAUGUGA